AUGAAAAUGUAUCUUUCAAUAAUUGCAAUAAUUACAUUACUAUCAUUGGCUAUUCUCACGGGAUUAGUUGAUGCGGAUACUGCAAAAAAAUGUCUGAAUAGUGGUCAAAGGUGUAAGACAAAUAAUGACUGCUGCAGUAAAAAUUGUAAAAGAAGUGGAAAGAAAAGAAAAAGGAAGUGCCAAUAA